UGGUAUCAACGCAAAGUUCACGUGGCCUCUUGUUCACCAGCAAUUUUUACAGUCACAAUGGGACAGAAGAAGAAACAGCAGAAGAAAAAAACUCAGUUGAAAUUUUCAAUCGACUGUACUCAUCCCGUGGAAGAUGGGAUUUUGAAAGCAAAUGACCUCGCAGACUUCAUGAAAGGUCGUAUUAAAGUGAAUGGAAAGACUGGCAAUCUGGAAAACAACAUAGUGAUUGAUUGUAUAAAGUCAACUAUCAAUAUUACCUCAGAAAUUCCUUUCUCUAAGAGGUAUUUGAAAUAUUUGACAAAAAAAUACCUUAAGAAGAACAACCUUCGUGAUUGGUUGCGUUGUGUGGCAACUGGACCAACGGGUUAUGAAUUGAGAUACUUCCAAAUCAACAAUGAAGAAGAAGAUGAUGAUGCUGAUGAAGAAUCUUAAAAAGUUUAUUUUGAAAGCAAUAAAACAUACAUUCUGCUGAA